AUGAUAGCACUUCACCAUCAGAUAUUGCCGGUUAUCAGUGUACCAUUAGGUUAUUUAACAAAUGAGACUGAAGGAAAUACUGUAGGGCAACCGUACGGUAUUGCAUUUUGUGGGCGAGCAUGGAGUGAAAAUAUUUUGUUAACAUUAGCUCAUGCAUUUGAAGAAGGAACAUCUGUUAGACAACGUGUAGAAUCAUUACAUGCUCCUUAA